CCAAAGAGACCUCAUUCACUCCCGUCUUCACGCGACAUUCACUGCAUUUCACAGUUCAACAAGUUCAACAAAGAUGAAGAUACAAGUGAGCACGAGUUCAUUGUUGUUGGCAUUUCUGCUCUGCACAGCGAGUGUCCUUGGCCAGGACGAUCAGGAAGAUGACACAACAACUGAGACACAGUAUGAUGAUUACGAUGAUAGCGAUGUGCCUGUGAUUCCUGUCUACAUCCAGCCGCGAUUCGACGAAGAGGGCGACUUCAAGUGGUUCCCGCGGAUCAUCGGCGGCACACAGGCAGUCAUUGGGGAGUUUCCCGGGAAAGUAUCACUCCAGACUCGACUGGGGUCGCACUUCUGCGGAGGAACUCUGAUUGAUCUCACGCACAUUCUCACCGCAGCGCAUUGCGUCACGGACUCACGCGCUCAAGUCCUCAAUCCUGCCGCGAUACAAAUAAUGGCCGGCGAUGUGUCGAUUGUGCGAAACGACGCGGCGCCAACGAGAGAAGUGCGCUUCCUGUCGCACAUCUUCGUCCAUCCGGAUUACGACAUCGCGACCAUGGAGAAUGACAUCGCCGUGCUGCGCCUCAGCCUGCCGUUUCGCCUGCAGCAGGGCGUCGUGUCGCCACAGCCGCUGUCCAGGAGCAUUCCGGCCGUGGGCACGGUGUGCAACCUGGCGGGAUGGGGCACGACCGCCGAGGGCUCGAACACGCCCUCGCCCACGCUGCAGCGCGUGGACCUGGACAUCAUCGACACGGACAGGUGCAAUCAGUCCUAUCGCGGACUGCUGAGCGCCAACAUGUUCUGCGCCGGACACAUGGCCGGCGGCAGGGACUCGUGCCAGGGCGACUCCGGCGGCGGCCUGAUGUGCAACAACAUCGUCACGGGCAUCGUGUCCUUCGGCUACGGCUGCGGCCGCAGACACUUCCCGGGCGUGUACAUCGACGUGAGUCAGUACAUCGAGUGGAUCGAGACGAGCCAGCAAUUCGAGGGGGCGCACGUGGACAUUCCCACGCCGCGGCCAGCGGGCGCCGCCGCCUUCGUGCCAUCGGCGCUGCUCAUCCUGGCGGGAUUCCUCGUGAAAUCCUGCAGACUGUUCUGAAGCUCUUUAAUACAAUAUUUAGGGACUUUGUCAAAUAGUGAUGAAUAAAUCUUUUCC